CUUUCUCCUCCCUCUCCCUCCCUCUCUCUAGGUCUCUCCCCCCCCCUCUCACACUCUGUGGAUGCUCACUGUCCUGAAACAUGAUGAACCAUGCAGCCCUAUGGGAAUGUUUCCUCCCCGCUUAGCUAGCGUCAGCUACAUCUGUGCCUGUCAGUCUGUUUAUACGCACGCGGCAGCGAGCGAGCAGCGGUGACAGCGGCGGCGGUGGACUCCAGCUCAGGGACCAGCGCCCCUCCUCACUCUCUCGCUGACACUCCUCCCCACUGGAGGGCUGCGAUCGCCCAGGCACAGCGCUCUCCUCCUGCCUGCCGCUCCGGCUCACAUGCUUCUCAGUGGUGGUGAUGGUGCUGGUGGUGCUGGAGGUGGUCAAUCUACUUCCCUGAUUGAACCCGGACGCUAUGGUACAAAGAAUUGACUGAGGGGAAGUAAACGAAAACAAAGACUUGUGGAUACUUUCGCGCCUGGAUUUUAUUUUAGGUUCGUAGUUCUUGUUGAGUUUUGAGCUCAUCUUCGGGGGAGCGGGUCUGAAGAGUCUCCAGGGCUCCUGAGGUGCUCCUCCUCUCCUUCUCACCUCCUCCCGCACCUCCUCUCACCCACCAACUCCUCCUGCUCCUGGGGGCCAUGAACCCGCCCGGCCCCGAUGCCUGUGUCUCAGGCCGGCGGGGGCUUCGUGUUGUCUCCGCCUCUCCCUGACGGAGCCCGACGGUGUGCCUCUGCUCCACCUGAAGCUGCGCCUCUUGACCUCCGGAGCCUCUUCCCCCCCCCCCCCCCGGCGGGAACAAAGAAAUCCGUGGAUAUGAACUCCGUCCUCGCUGGCGGGAAACAAACAGCAUACACCCCCCCGCCAUCCCCACUCCCCCACUUCCCCCGCGCAACCCCACCCCCAAGGAUACCUCCACCCACCCACCACCGCCCGAAGAGAGAAACAGAGGCUGGGUUCCUACUGGAGGUCAACUAAUACCUCGCUCACCAUGACGAAGAUGAACUCCCUGAUCUUUCUCAAGGAAGAAUAAAUACAUAGAGACAAUGGAGCCAGCAGUGAAAAUACUGAACGCUACCAUUAAUGAGAGCGCCACUGGCCAGCCCUUCCACCUGGUCACGCACAGUCUGUGGGAGGUGAUCACUAUCGCCACCCUCUCCGCGAUAGUGAGCCUCAUCACUGUGGUUGGCAACGUGCUGGUGAUGCUGUCCUUCAAAGUCAACAGCCAGCUCAAAACGGUGAACAACUACUACCUGCUGAGUCUGGCGGCGGCGGACCUAAUCAUCGGGGUGUUUUCCAUGAACCUGUACACCUCUUAUAUCCUGAUGGGCUACUGGGCUCUGGGCAACCUGGCCUGUGACCUGUGGUUAGCCCUGGACUACGUUGCCAGCAACGCCUCAGUCAUGAACCUCCUGGUGAUCAGCUUUGACAGGUACUUCUCCAUCACCAGGCCCCUCACCUAUAGGGCCAAACGGACGCCCAAGAGGGCCGGCGUCAUGAUAGGCUUAGCCUGGACGGUGUCCCUGGUUCUCUGGGCCCCGCCCAUUCUCUGCUGGCAGUACUUUGUGGGCAAGCGGACCGUGCCGGAGAUGCAGUGCCAGAUCCAGUUCUUCUCGGAGCCUGUGAUCACCUUCGGCACGGCCAUCGCGGCGUUCUACGUCCCCGUGUCGGUGAUGACCAUCCUCUACUGCCGGAUCUACAAGGAGACGGAGAAGAGGACCAAGGACCUGGCCGAGCUCCAGGGCAUCCACUACUCUGCGGACCCGGCACUGGCGCAGCCCCAGAAGGCCAUCAUCAGGUCUUGCUUCAGCUGCAAGCGGAGCUCCAAGACCCAGGACAGGAACCAGGCGUCGUGGUCCUCAUCCAGCCGCAGCAACGCGGCCCGAGCCGCCGCCGCCACCGCCACCAACAACGACGACGAGUGGUCCAAGGCGGACCAGCUGACCACCUUCAACAGCUACGCCUCGUCCGAGGACGAGGAGAGGCCCGUGUCCCCGGUGGCCUUCCAGCCCGACUUCCAGGACCAGGCGGCCCACGGCGGGGGGGCCCACAGGAGUGUGGCAUGCAGCGAGACGGAGCGGAUGAGCGGGGGCCGCGGCGAGGAGGACAGCUUCUUCGGCACGCCGCCCAAGAGCAACCCGCAGAAGAGCAAGAAGUGCGUGUCGUACAAGUUCAAACCCGUAGUGAAGGACGCGGGCGGGCAGCAGCAGCAGCUGCAGCAGCAGCACGGCAAGAACGGGGACAGCAAGAUGUUCUCGUCGGCAGAGUCCAUCGCCGCACCGUCCACGUCGGCGGCGGCCAAGCCCAUGGACGCCACGCUGAAGAGCCAGAUCACCAAGAGGAAGCGCAUGGUGCUGAUCAAGGAGAGGAAGGCGGCGCAGACGCUCAGCGCCAUCCUGCUGGCCUUCAUCCUCACGUGGACCCCGUACAACAUCAUGGUGCUUAUCUCCACCUUCUGCUCCGACUGCAUCCCUGUGCCCCUCUGGCACCUGGGUUACUGGCUGUGCUACGUCAACAGCACCGUCAACCCCAUGUGCUACGCCCUCUGUAAUAAGACCUUCCAGAAGACGUUCCGCAUGCUGCUGCUGUGCCAGUGGAAGAAGAGGGUGGAUGAGAAACUUUACUGGUACGGACAGAACCCUGUGGUGACCGCCAAACUCACAUGACCCGGCGCGCCGAUCUCACUCCACUGCUGUUUUGCGGCGAGAGCUGGAUUUUUACAUGUACGUUUUUCAUGCUAAUUUGAGUUCAUGUUGGUAUGAUAUAAAAGGUGUAAGUCUAAUCAUUAGGUGUAGUGUAUGCUGAGUAUUUCUCCAACCAAAAAUGGGAUCAUUUUGUGAAAUUGCUCCACUAUUUAUAUUGUUAAUUGGUAAAAAAAAAAAAAGAUAUCAAAAUUGCAAAUGUAUGCGUCCGGGACCAAUGUAAGUAUGCACAUAACCUCAUUGUAUCACAGACACACGCAUAUACACAGUCAAAUACACGUGCGUGCAUGGACACACACACACACACACACACACACACACACACACACACACACACACACACACACACACACACACACACACACACACACACACACACACACACACACACACACACACACAGCCUCAUACAUGUGCACACACACACACACACACACACACGUGAAUUCACAGAAACACAUACACAAACCAACACACACAAUCGCGCACCACAAGCAAUUCACUGCACACAAAUAUACAUUGUUUUGUACUGUUGAUGUUGUGUCAGUAUUGAUAUGGAAAACAUGGAUUUGAUAUUGCUCUGUAUCUUUAAAGGGCUAAUUGGAUGUGUUUUGAUGUCAGAAUCUGCCUGCUAUGUAAAGAUUGUAACUGAUGAAGUUCCAAGCCUUCUCACACGUGCCAUUUGCAUUUAGGAAGAAAAAAUGAUCUAAGCUUUUACUGCACUUUCAGCUAUUGCAAUUUAAACAACAUUUACAUGCACCAGAAAACAACUUGAAAUGUGACACAUGACAGUAUCCUACGGCACAUAUGAGUUGAGCCUACAGGUAUUUAUAGUAAGUAUAAUCAACUAAAUUACAACCUCUUACAAAAUAUUUUUAAAUUUUGUCAGUAUCUUUAUUUUCACUGGGUCACAAAAACAGACAAAGAAACAGCAAAAACAAGGAGUGUUUGUAUGUGGCUGGAUGGGAGAGUAGUCAUUACAAUAACUAACAUCUCUCUUUACGUAUCCCUCCCUUCUCAGGAUAAGAUCAAUGUUUGAUGAUGAAAACGUAAUUUGUAUUUACCCUGGGGACAAAUCAAUAGGUGACCAAAUUACCAACUAGCCCCCCUUAACACAAUUGCCAACUCUGUUGUAAUGCAGUCAGAAAUAUCACUAUGAGUCAUGCAUUAAUGAAACAGUUGCAAUAAUACAUGCCUCUUAUACUGCUUAGUGCUAACUGUGUUCCAGUGUUGAAAACAGCCCUCUCUUAAGGAUUAAAUUAAUGAAGAAAUCUUUUAUUUUUUCCUUGCAAUCCAAAUCCAUUUUUAAAGAAACUGUUUUUUAUUAAAAUUACAGUCUUAAAAACAUAGCAAAGGAAGUACUGGCCAAGUAAUUUUAUUUUAUAAAUGUUGUACAUUUAAGGAUUUAAAGCUUCCGUAAGUAUUAAAUGGGAUUGCCUAAUUAUCUGCAAAGUAUGUCUAUUUGUGUAAUAAGCUGCACAGUCAAGGUACGCUUCAAUAUUAACUGUGAUGAACCACAAAUCUGAGUGAAAGAGGUAAAAUAUUUUUUGAUGGACGAAAUUAUCCUUUGUUCCCUUUCGGGUAUUCGGUGAUCAUGUUAUUUGGUAUUUGAAUAAAAUGUUGAACUAAAA